UUCCCCACUGACGGUUAGUUUUGCCGCUGACGUCCUACCGAGCGGAUCGGGCAUCUUUAAUUUUAUCCGCUUACGUAUUGGAUAUAUAUAAAUUUUAUCGCUAAACAACAAAAUAAAUAUAAAUCAAUCAAAAAAAUAUUGAACUUGAAUAGUCCUGUGGAGUAUAUAUAUUUUAAUUAAUACAAAGUGGCUUUGUUCUAAAAAUUAAUAGACUCAAAGGAAUUUAUAACAAUUUGGAGUAAAAAAAAAAAAAAAAAGUAAUUGAAAAAUAAUACAUAAUUAAGUUUUAUAUUUUCAAAAGUGGAUCAUUGUUGGGAUUUUGGAGCAACCUAGUGACAAGUGACGAAAAGUUUUUCAAAGUUUAUUAUCUUUUGUUAUUUAAUUCUUAUUUAUUUAUUAUCAUUAUUGCUUUUAUAUAAAUAUAUUUAUUAUUUUUUUUUUUUUGAAAUAUAAAUUAUAAUUUUUUUCUGGUUUUGUUGUGACGCUUGUGACUUGGAUAUUAAUUCCAUGUGUCGUGAGUGAGUAAAGUUGAUACUUGCCAACAGACGUGAAUUGGUGAAGAAGGCAUAUUACAUGUAUGAAGUUUUAUGUGAAAAAUAAAAGAGAGAUAGAGAGAAAAGCCUGCGGCAGACAUCAAGGGCCCCACAGAGAGAUAUAUAAUAAUAUAUAUGAAUUUAUAUAUAUAUUUUUUUUGUUAUAACCACUGGUGCACACAGUGAUCCCCGCUGCAGGAAGCCCCUGCAACAUUUCUCCCUUUAACCUUCCUAUAGUUUUUUUUGUUAUUAUUAUUUUUUUUAUCUCUCUCUCUCUCUCUCUCUGAUCAACAAUUCGCAGCACUUUAUAGACACCGGAGGUCUAAACUAAACUUCGUCAAUUGACGGAGCAUUAUUCCCAUUUUUUUUUUCCUCUCAUUGAGGCUUGUUAAUUAAUUAAUUUAUUUAUUUAUUAAUAUAUUGUGGGUGAUAUAUUUUUUAUGUUUAAAGUGUUAAACAGUGUGUUUAAAGUUUAUUUUGUUUUAAUACGAUAUGUGUGAAUUUUUUACCGCCGGAUUCAAUCAGCCUGCGUAGUCGAAGCUAGGUGCCUCACUAUGGAGUGCGGCAAGGGUCGGCGGAAAGGUCUUCUUCUCAGCAGGUUCAUCCUUGCUUGGUUCUUUCUCAGUGACUACAUUGUUGCCGCAAGAGACAGAGAACGUUACGACACGGCGUAUGAAUGUGAGGGUAAACAACUUAGGAUAGAGUGUGGUGAAGGCGAAGUGAUACAUCUGAUACGAGCAAACUACGGAAGGUUCUCGAUAACGAUAUGCAAUGAACAUGGGAACACAGAUUGGAGUGUUAACUGUAUGUCGCAAAAGUCAUUCAGAGUACUUUUCAACAAGUGUAAUGAUCGUCGUUCGUGCAUGAUGGAUGUUAGCAGCAAAUUUUUUGAAGAGGAUCCCUGUCCCGGAACCGGAAAAUACAUCGAAGCACAGUUUCAUUGUAUAGCUGCAACAACAGCGAUAACAACAAGACCAAGUCCAAGGUGGCUGAUAACGUCUCAACCAAGUGUCUGGGGCCCAUCAACUCCAACAGUAAGACCACCACCAAGACCAACGAUACCACCAUCUCAAAUGCCAGCGAUAACCACCCUCAGUACACCACUGAUAACCACAUCCCUCAGUUCAACAAGCACGACGAAGACAGUGCCAGUAAAUGAAAAUGAGGAACAAGUUGAAACGAAUCCCUCGAAGGGAAAUGAAAGUCCGGUUCAGCCAGUCGUGCCUAUGACUACUGAGACAACUACCGAGGCUGGUUAUGCUUCAUGGAAAACAAGCAAAAAACCCAUUGCAUCAACAAGUAUUCCAUAUGUUGAUCAAAAUAUAAAUAACAACAAAUGGUAUGAUUACAAUCGUCAAUAUUGUCCACCAAUAAUGGCAAGAAAUUUAUAUUGGAAUGCAACAAGAACUGGUGAUAUUGCUGUACAAAGUUGUCCAGGUGGUGCAAAUGGUUUAGCACGUUGGCGUUGUGCUGCAAUUGAUGAUACACCAGUAUGGUAUAGAGAAUCACCAGAUUUAAGUGAAUGUAGAUCAGUAUGGUUGACAUCACUUGAAACACGUGUUAUUGAAGGUGGUACAAUAUUAAGUAUUGCCAGUGAUUUAUCACUUGUUACAAACAACAGUAGAACAUUGUAUGGUGGUGAUAUGAUGAUAACAACAAAAAUUAUAAAAAAUAUGGCUGAAAAAAUGGGACAAGAUAUACGUACAUAUCAAGAUACACGACAAAAAGAAGUUAGUGUUACUGAGCUAUUACAGGGUGUUGUUAGAACUGGUAGUAAUUUAUUGGAUAAAGCACAAAUGGCAUCAUGGAAAGAUUUAAGUCAUCAAGAACAAAUGAGAGUUGCAACAUCAUUAUUAAUUGGUCUUGAAGAGAAUGCAUUUUUAUUGGCUGAUUCAUUAAAUCAUCAAAAAACAAUUAUACAAGAAGGAAAAAAUAUAUUAAUGGAAGUUAGAGUAUUGGAGGCUCGUAAUAUUGAUACAAAUUAUGAAGCAUUUCCAGCUGAAGAAAAUCGUGAAAGAUGGACAGCAUCAAAUGAUCAUGUUGAAUUAAGUCGUCGUUCAUUAUUAGAAAAUAGUGAUGGUGGUCUUGUACGUCUUGUAUUUAUGGCAUUUGAUAGACUUGAAGAAAUUCUACAACCACAAAUUGAAGAAGAAUCAUUUGUUUCAAUAAAUGAAGAUAUUAAAUCACGUAAUAUUAGUAAUAGAAUACUCAAUAGUAAAGUUAUAUCGGCAUCAUUAGGAAAAGGUAGACACAUACAAAUGUCGGAACCAGUUAGAAUUUAUUUUCAACAUUUAACAUCAGAAAAUGUUACAAAUCCAACUUGUGUUUUUUGGGAUUAUAUCAUGAGUGCCUGGUCUGAGGAAGGCUGUCAAACACGUAAAACAAAUAGCACACAUACUAUUUGUGAAUGUAAUCAUCUUACAAAUUUUGCUGUACUCAUGGAUGUUCACGCUGUGAAACUUGACAUGGCACAUCAGAUUGCACUACAAAUAAUAACAUAUAUCGGAUGUAUAAUCUCAAUUGUUUGUCUCGUUUUAGCAAUACUAACAUUUCAGUUAUUUCGUGGACUCAAGUCUGACCGUACAACAAUUCACAAGAAUCUUUGUAUUUGUCUUCUCAUUGCCGAGUUACUGUUUGUCUGUGGAAUUGGACAGACAGAUCAGAGAGUAGUUUGUGGUGUAGUUGCUGGACUUUUACACUUUUUCUUUUUAUGUGCAUUUGCAUGGAUGUUUCUUGAAGGCUUUCAACUUUAUGUCAUGCUCAUUGAAGUAUUUGAAGCUGAAAAAUCACGUUUACGAUGGUACUAUCUGGUGGCUUAUGGUGGACCAUUACUUGUCGUUGGAAUAUCCUGCAUCAUUGAUCCAUUUAGCUAUGGAACUGAUCGAUACUGUUGGCUCAGAGCUGACAAUUAUUUCAUAUUUAGUUUUGUAGGACCUGUUAUUGUUGUCAUACUGGCCAAUCUUGUUUUUCUUUCGAUGGCUAUUUAUAUGAUGUGUCGACAUGCAAACACAACUGUUACCAUGAAGAGCAAAGAACACUCACGACUCGCAAGUGCAAGUGGAAAAGAAGAAAAUGCUCUUCCCAACAAAUUACAAAUGCACUUAGCAUGGUUACGAGGUGCAAUUGUAUUGGUAUUCCUGUUGGGAUUGACCUGGACAUUUGGCCUUCUCUACCUGAAUCAGGAAUCAGUUAUAAUGGCAUAUAUAUUCUGUGUAUUGAACAGUCUACAAGGAUUAUUUAUAUUUGUUUUUCAUUGCGUACAAAAUGAAAAGGUUCGAAAAGAAUAUCGUAAAUUUAUAAGACGACAUUCAUGGUUACCAAAGUGUUUGAGAUGUUCAAAAACAGUUACUGGAAGUUCAAGUGGUUCAACUGGUACAAGUGGUGGACAACAAGGUGUUAAUGGUGGCAAAGAUUAUCCAUCACACAACACAUCAUCAAAUCCAUCAGCACCAACAACUGAUAGUUCUGGAUUAUCACCACAUGCUGCAUCCAAUUAUUUGAUGAGCGGAAGAGGUUGGACAAACAACAACAACAACAACAACAACGACAGACAACAAGUGAUGGCUACCGAGCCUCACGAAACAGCAUCAACAGAUGCACACGCAGUUGCAACACUGCCUCAUUCACGUCACGGCUUCUUUCCAACAACAACUAGUUUACCAAAAUCUGCAACCGCCACUUGGGGACCAAUUAACAAAAACCUCAUGUGGAAGAACAUUUCUUUUAAGUCAUACUCACGUGAUUCAGGACAUGGUGGUUCUGAGCAAGAGGAUUCACCACGUAUACAAAAUACCAUGACACUUGGUCAUUCAGUACGUGGACGUGAACGUGGUCGUCAAUUAUGUGAUGGAUUAGAAAUAAAUAGUAAUCGUCAAAGUCGUCGUGCAGCAUCACCAUAUAAUCAUACAUAUACUGAAAUACGUGAUGGUAUUGGUGGUGUUAAUGUUGGUAUUGGAAGAUUAGGUGGUGGUUAUCAUCCAAGUCAUUUAGUAUCACGUAGUAUUAUUGGUGGUGAUGAUGAUCCAGUGUAUGAAGAAAUUGAACGUGGUGGUAAUAGUGUUAUUGGUAAUUGUGGUGGUGUUAUUGGUGGUGGUAAUAAUAAUGGUGGUAUUGGUUGUUUAAAUAUAAAUGGUAUUGGUGAAAUUCAAGUAUCUGAUAUGUCAGAUGAAGAUGGCAGAAGACAAAGUGAUAUGAGUAGACAAUCAUCACGUAGUUAUGGUGAUCAUAGACCACUUAUACCAUAUUCACCAGCAAAUGAUCGUUUAAUACAAUAUGGACAAUCAAUUGAUCGUAAUUUAUUACAACAAUAUAAUGAUUUACAAUAUAAUGUUACUGGUGGUGAUAGAGUUAUUAAUAAUUAUUGGGAUAAUAAAUUAAAAAGACAACAAACACCAAAACAUGAACAUGGUGAUAAUAUUAAUAAUCGUAUACAAAAUAAUUAUGGAUUAUCACAACAACAAGAUCAUACUAGAACUGUUGCUGUACUUGAUGGACAUACUGUUGUUUGUCAUCUUCAACCACAAACUGAUAUGUAUACUGGUCGUGGAGUACCACCACCGUCCUACAGCGAGUGCUGAAUUAUUUUAUAUAAAUAUAUAUAUAUUUAAAUUAUAAACAAAUAUAAAUCAAUAAAUUAAAUAAUAAUAAUAAUAAAAAGAAAAAAAACAACAACAAAAUAUACACACACAACACAAACACACAACACACAUUUAAAAGCGUGAUAAAUAAUUAAUUUAAUUAAUUAAAAACGAAUGACUGUUUAUUAUUAUUAUUAUUAUAUUAUUAUUAUUUUUAUUAUUAUAUUAUUAUUAAUUUUUUAUAUCUGACAGCUCUCGGUAUGGACGUGGUGUUCUACCUCGAGCAACUCGCAACUACACAAACUCGUCCAGCUCAAUUUAAAUAACAAAAUAAUAAAUUCAUUUUUACAUGUGAAUUUAAAAUUAUAAUAAAAAAAAAUUAAUUAACUUAUAAAAUAAUAAUAAUAAUAAUACAAUUAAAUUUAAAUUAAAAAAAAAAACAUACAUAUGCAAGCUAAAACGAUUUGUAAAAUAUUUAUCGUUUUUCUUGAUUUUUGUUUUUUUCGCGGGCCGAAAUCUACGGGGAUUGAAAGAUGAUAAUUUAAAAAAAAAUAAAUAAUAAUAAUAAGUUUGAAUGAUUGUUAUUUAGAAUGAAAAAAAAAAAAAAACAAACAAAUUAUCGACUCUCAAAAAUAAAUAAUUUAAAUUAAUAAAUAAUUAAUUAAGUAGUAAUAAUUAAAAGAAAAAAAAAAAAAGAAACGUUUUUUAAUUUAAUUCGAAAUUGUAAAAAUUGGCUUUUUCUAUUUGGAACAAAAAAAUAAUAAUAAAGUUUGAGUAUACAUAUCGAUUGUUAUUGUUGCAAUGAACUUAACAAAAAUUAAAGAAAAAAUUGGAUAAAAAUUUAUAAAUAUAUGAAAAAAAAAAAUGGAAAAAUGCCAAUUAUUGUAGUCGAUUAAACCGAUUGUACAUCGGAUUAAAAAGCAAUUUUGAAUUUAAUCCAAAAACGAUUAUCAACGCGGCUAGUCGUAUUAAUGGGAAAUAAAAUUUUCCAGUUAAAAUAAAUGAAUUUUUUUUUUUUUAAUCAUGUACGAGAGUUGAUAACUACAAUUGUCAAAAUUAUUGAUCUCUUAAAUAACGACUUGAUAUUUUUUACGUUUUAUUUGUUAUUUUUUCAAAUUUAAAAAAAAAAAAACAAUAUCAAUUUAUUGUAAAACAAAUUUAUUUUUUUUCUUAUUAUUUUUCUUUUUAAUUUUCAUUUUGAAAAUGUUAUUUUUAUAAAUAUCAUGUGAAUUGUAUGUGUAUGUGUAUCGAAAUACUCACAAACCAGCAACUUUAUGAGUAAAAAAAUGGAAAAUAUUAUAAGAAAAAAAAUAAACUACUAAUAACACCGCGAAUUAAAUGAAAAUAUGUAUAUUCACAAUAAUUUUCCAACCAAUUAAAGCGAAAAUUAGUCACAUUUUUUUAAAAACUAUAUUUUUAAAAAAUAUAGAUAAAUCCUAUUCGCGUCUUAUAACCCAGCAUGAAUUAAACAAAUUAUUUGCUCUAUUUAUUAUUAUUUUUUAUUAUACACAAAAUAUAUUAUGAGAAUUGUUUUUCUUUCUCUUUUUUUAAAAAAAAAAAUAUAUAAAUUGUAAAUUUUUUUUUCAUCUCAGCAAAUAUGUAUAUAUAUAUUUACAAAUCGACGAGUAUACAAUUUUUUUUUUUUUUUGCUGAGAUUAUUUUCGAGGCGUACUAAUGACGUAAAAAAAAAAAAAACAAAAACAUUUAUUUUUUAUUUAAAACAAAAAACGAAUAAGUAACUAGUUUUGUAAAUUUAUUUGAAAUCUCAUGCUACUAUUAUUACUGUACUAUCUGGAUUAAUUUGAACUUUGUCAAAAUCCUGCGUUCUCAAGGAGGAGAAUUUAAUCAUCAUCCUAUAUUAUAUUUAAAGAAAAAAAAAAAAUAGUUAAUAA